GAGAGGGUGUGGGGGGGGGGGGUCUUUUUUUAAGUGAUGGCUUCAGCGGGCGCCGGUAAGGCUGCGCAGCCGCCCGGGCCGCCGGGCUCCUCCGUUAACGGGACUGCGGCAGAGUUCGCGAACAUCGAGCCGGAGCUGUACGACUACAAGAUGCACGGCAAGAUGUGCAAGAAGAUCGCUCAGCUCACCAAGGUGAUUUAUUCUCUGAACAUGAAGAACGAGGAGCAGGAGGCGGCGCUGCAGGCCUUGAGCCACGCCCACCACGACGAGGUGCACCGCAUCCUGGUGGAGACCUGUCACGAAGGGGAGGGGUCGCCGCUGAGGACGCGCCUCCUGGAGAUGCAGGACUCUCUGGACGAGCAGCAGAGAGCCGGGGCCCAGGUGCAGGCGGACUUCGAGGUCUUCCGCAUCCAGUCGGAGGAGAGAGAGCGCGAGACGGGGUCGGAGCUGAGGAAGGAGUUUGAGGAGAAGCUCCAGGCAGCGGAGGAGGAGCUCCAGGAGGCCAAGGCCCACAUCGCCGACGGCCAGGAGGAGAACCUGCGGCUGAGCAAAGAGCUGGAGGAGGCCGGCGAGCGGAUCCUGGAGCUGCAGAAAGAGUUGAAGCAAGCGGCCGAGGAGCAGAGACAAAGGGACGAGGAGGAGGACAGGAGAGGCGAGCAACGGGAGGACUCGGAAAAGGCGCAAAGGCUCUCGGAGGAGCUGGAGGCGCUGCGCGAGGAGGGCGACCGGGCGGAGGAGGAGAGGGGGCGCGCGGCGAGGGAGGAGAGGAAGCAGUGGGAGCAGAGGAUGAGCGACCUCAACAAGGAGCGCGAGGACAUGAGGAGGGGGAUGGAGGCGGAGUGGAGGGAGGAGCGGCGCAGGUGGGAGGAGAGGGAGGAGGAGGAGAAGAGGGGGAUGCACAGUGCCCUGAAAGAGAGGGUGAAGAGGGCGGAGGCGGAGGUGGAGGGCCACCUGGAGAGGUUGUCGGAGGGCAAGAGGAGCACGGUCAAACUGCAAGAGCGGAUACAGGACCUGGAGGAGGAGCUGGAGCUGGACCGGAGGCGCGUGAUGGAGGCCGAGGGCGCGGCCAGGCGCGCGGAGGAGGAGCUCUCCGUCGCCAAGGAGAGGCUGCUGCUGCAGGAGGACGAGCUGCAGAGCAGAGCAGAGGAGCUGUUGAACCGGGGGGGCUGCGAGGCCUGCGUGUGCACCGAGGUGGAGGAGCUGAGGAGCCAGGCCGGCCGCCUGCAGAGCCGCAACAGAGAGCUGGAGCUGCAGAGCAGCGGCCGGAGCAGCGACCACGCCCGGCAGAUCCGCCAGCACGCCGAGGCCCUGUCCAGCCUGCGCUCCGAGAUGGUGCGAGCCCAGACGGAGGAGCUGCGGCGCAUCCAGAAGCACGCGGACGACGAGCGGGAGAAGCUGCAGAAGGACAUGGACAGAGAGAGGGACGAGGCGCGCGGGGAGCGGGAGCAAGAGAAGGAGAAGUUCGAGAAGGACAGGAAAAGGCUGCGCCGGGAGAGGGAGGAGGAGAGGGAGGAGCUGGAGGGCAUCAAAGAGCGCCUGAGGAGGGAGAAGGACGAGGAGGUGGACUGCCAGAGGAAGGAGCUGGAGGUGGAGAGGGUGCGCAUUCGCCUGCAGCUGGACAAGAGCAUCGAGCAGGUGGAGGCCGAGAGGGCCAACGUGCAGCAGAAGCUGGAGGAGGAGAAGAGGAGGCUGGUGGAGAAGGCAGAGGAGGAUAGGAAGCGGCUGAAGGAGCAGGUACGGAAGGCCAUAGAGGAGGUGAUGAGGAGGCACGCCGCCGAGCUGCAGGGCGUCCAGGAGGCUCUGAGCUCAGAGAGGAAGACCAACCAAGAGGUGUGUUCCCGUUUGGACGAGGAGAGGAGGGCCGGUGAGGAGCUGCGCGGCGAGCUGGAGAGGGAAAUGGAGGAGCUGCGGACGAAGCUGAAAGAUGCCACCGACGAGACCUGUAGGCUGCAGUCUGCCGCCCAACCGCGGGACCAGCAGGAGCAGGGCGCCCCCGAGGCGGCGGCACCCGGCCGCCUGCAGGAGGAGCUCCGUCAGGCCCGCGCCCGGGUGGCCCGGAUGCAGGAGGAGGCGGAGAGGCAGCAGAGGGAGACGGCGUCCCUGAGGGCCGACAAGCACCGGCUGGAGGAGAAAGUCCUGGAGCAGAGCCGCCUGAGCACGGAGCGGAGUCUCCUCGACCAGGGCCAGCGGCACGCCGAGGACCGCAUCAGGGCGGAGUGCGAGGACCGCCUCAGAGCCGAGUUCAGGAUCGAGAUGAACGCCGCCGUCGCUGAGAGCGAGCAGCGGUGGCAGAGCAAAGAGCAGGAGCUGCAGGCGCUCAUAUCGGAGCUGCGGGGUCAGCUGAGCGAGGCGGAGAAAACGAAGCAGAGCCCGGGAGACGAUUGCCAUGGCAACCCUGAAAUUAACAGGCUGAGGAAGGAGGUCCAGGACACCAAGGAGAUAAACAAGAAACUGAAGGAUCUACUUCAGGAGCCCCAAACCCAGUCUUCGGGGGAGGAGAGGCACAACCACGCCAAGGCUCUGCAGGCGCUGGAGAGGCAGGCGAAGGAAGACGUUCUGUCUGAGAGGAACAGGCUGCAGACGAUGCACCACCUGGAGCUAGAUAAGCAGCGAGCCGAGUUGACCCAGCAGCACACGGAGUGGAGCCGGCAGAUGACCCAGAGACACAUGCAGCAGAUAGAGGACCUGCAGGCCCAACUGCAGGCACACACACAGAUGAUGGCCCUGCAGCAGGAUCUGAAGCAGCAGAACCAGUAUCAGGUGUUUGAGCGACAGCUGGAUGAGAGCCGCUGUGCCAUGCUGGAGAUGCAGAGAGAAAACGCAGCACUGAAGAAGCAAUUAAAGGAGAGGUCCGCACAGGAGAAACCCGAAGUCGAGGAGAAAAAAGAGGAGGAGGUCCUGGAUUUGCGUAAGAAGAGGGACGCGCAGCUGGAGGAGGAAGCGCAGCGCCUGAAGGAGGAGGUGGAGAAGCUGAGGGUGGAGAUGGAAAAGCUGGAGGAGUCGCAGAAACACUGGGAGGAGAGGAGAGAGGAGGACGUGAAAGAGGAGGAAGAGGAGGAGGUGGACGAGGAGAAGAAGAAGGAGUGCGAGGAGGACAAGAGGAGGGAGGAGGUGGAGGAGAUCCGGAGGAAGCACAAGAAGGAGAUGCAGAGCCUGGUGUCCGAGUACAGCAGCGCCCAGACGCACCUGCAGACCCGCAUCGUGGCCCUCGAGAACGAAUUUAACUGCAGACUGCGCGAGCGGGAGGAGCGCUGCAGGAGGAGGGAGCCUCGCUGCGAUGACCUGCAGCUGGGGAGACUCCAGGAGAGGCUCACCGAGAGGGACCAGCUCAUCAAGCGCCUGGUGGAGGAGAGGCACCAGCUGCAGCUCCAGCCGCCCGUUGCCGGGGACAACAGCACCCUCAGGCCCCGCCCCGCGAGCGUCACGCCAACCAUGAGGAGGAAGCGCGUUGAGUCUCCUCCUCGCGUCUGCGUCCCCGGCCUCCACGACCGGAGCGUCUUCGUGCCCACCUCGUCCUCGUCCUCCUCCUCGUCCUCCUCGUCCUCCGUCCAUCAGCGCUCCUCCUCCACCCUCCCUCACCAGUCCACCUCCCAACCGCAGACCUCCCCUCACUACUCCACCUCCUCCCUCCCACACAAGCACACCGGCCUCUCCCUCGGCCGGCAUUCCUCCCCCUCCCUCCCCCGCUCCACCAGAUCCCGGACCUCCUGCGUCCCUCCCACGCCGGCGCCCACCGCCCCGCUGCCGGUCUGCCCCUCGCCGCAGACAGGCAUCCGCUACGUGGCGCCCUCGUGCCAGGAGCCCCACGCACACCUGCGGGGCCAGUCCAUCAGGGGCCCGUAUCUGGAGCAGAGGGGGACAGAUGGGCUGAAACAGGAGUGGUUCACCAAAUACUUCUCCUUCUGAGCACAAACCAAUGUUACAUGCACACACGCACAGCAGCUGCAAGUACAUUUACGCAUAUACAGUUCAUUGCUUCUUAUACGCAUCUGUUUGACACACACACACACACACACACACACACACACACACACACACGACUGCAUCCACAGACAGACGGGCUCAUCACCAGCAAGGCCAUCUCAAACAUUGCCUCAAAGCUCAACCAAAAAGUGCUUCUCAAACACAUGGCGGAGCGCAGGCCCGCCCGAUCUCCUUUGUAUGGUUUGUGAUGUCUCCAUGUGUUGAUUUUUUUUUUUUUAUCAAAGCAGUCUUCCUUUUCUUUUUUUUAAAGUGCAAACCUUUGCUCUAAUCUCCAACACGCGAUUAUUCCAGGAGGAACGUCCAUUUGUUGAAGAUCAGCAGGCGAGCGUCUGCAAAGCGUCGGACGUUUUCACUGCGGCUCCCGGUCAGAAGGGGAACCCGCCACUCACCCGACCAACAGGAAGCUUGUCUCGAUGCAAAAAUGUAUAAUAAUCUUGUUGAAGAAAUUAUAUAAAAUAUUUUGUUUUCGUA